AUGGAGAGGCAGCCUGCACGGAGCAUAGCUACAUGGGAUGAUUUGUCUACAAAAUUCUUUGCGGAGUUCUUUUCCAUGGAGAGAUACAAUCAAAUGGUGAAUGAUAUCACCAACUUCACUCAAACUGAGGGUGAAACAUUAUGUGCAGCAUGGAACAGGUUCAAGGACUUGAUGAGGAGGUGCCCUCAUUAUAAUUUGACUGCUGGUGAUCAAGUCAGAAUGUUUUUUAAUGGCAUCACACCUGAAGAUAGAAUGGUUUUGAAUGGUGCAGCUGGUGUUAUCAAUCCAAAGGAAGACUGCAUGGCUAUUAUUACUAGAAGUGGCAAAGUGGUAGCGCCUCUUAAAAAUCCAAUUCUAGAUUAUGCGGAAGAGGAAGAGAAGCAUGAUGGAGCAGUCGAGCCAGAGGUUGAGGUUGAAGAGCGACCUGUUGUGGUUGAGAAAAAGCAUGAGCUGAGUCCUGAAUAUGUGCGGUCUAAAGCACCUUACCCAGAGAGGUUUAAGAAAGAGGCUUAUAACAAGCAGUAUGGCAGAAGCUUUGGCAAGUAUGCCGGUUAUUCAAAAUUCAUGAAGGAUCUUUUGUCAAGGAAGCAUAAGCUACAAGAAUGCCAGACAGUGACACUUACUGAGAAGUGUAGUGCCUUUAUUCAGCAGAAGAUUCCGGCUAAGCUUAGUGAUCCGGGGAGUUUUAAUAUCCCUAUUGCUAUUGGCAAUAUUGGCAUUGGUAGAGCUCUUUGUGAUCUUGGGGCUAGUAUCAACUUGAUGCCUUUUUCUGUUUAUAAGUCUUUGGGGAUUGAAGAAUUGAAGCCUACAGAGGUCUCUCUUCAACUUGCUGAUAGAUCCGUGAGGACACCUAAUGGGAUUAUAGAAGAUGUUCUUGUCAAGGUUGACAAGUUUAUCUUUCCUGCUGACUUUGUGGUGUUGGAUAUGGAGGAAGGAAGUGGAAAGCCUUUGCUCUUAGGUAGGCCCUUUUUGGCUACAGCCCGUGCUCUAAUAGAUGUUGAGCAAGGAAUGAUUAAGUUGAGGAUGAAUAAUUAG